AUGUCUCUACAAAUCAAAGAACUUGUUCUUGAGAACCCUCCUGUCACCGAGACCAAUCUUGUAUUGGGUCAAGAGACUUCCACAUUCAAAGAGGUCACCUCGACUUUGGACCCCGAGUCGCUCAAGACCGGUGAUAUCGUCGUUCAGCCAUUGAUCUUUUCUAAUGAUCCUACUCAAAGAGCCUGGAUUCAAAAGGGGUUGGAUCCUAAGAGAAUGUACGUUCCUCCUGUUCUGAAAGGAGAAGCCAUGAGAUCGCUUGGUGCUGGUAAAGUCAUUGUUUCCAAGUCGGACAAAUACAAGGUCGGUGAUAUUGUCAUUGGCCUAUUAAGCUGGUCGAAUUAUUCUCUUGUUAAUGAAUUGAGAAUCUCUACUAAAGUUUCUGACCCCAAUGCCGACCUUCCUACCUACCUCUCGCUUGUUGGAGCAUCUGGUCUUGCUGCCUAUUAUGGUCUGACUGAGGUUGGCAGAGUCAAGCCCGAGCACACUGUGGUCGUUUCUGCUGCUUCUGGAGCUACUGGUAUCAUUGCUGUUCAAUAUGCCAAGCACGUUAUUGGCUGUAAAAAGGUCAUUGGUAUCACCGGAUCCGACGACAAAAUCGACCAUGUGAAGAAAGUGGGUGCUGAUGUUGCUGUCAACUACAAAGACCCCGAGUUCAAGAAGCAAUUGUCCGACGCCAUUGGUCCUGAUUUCGCUGAUGUCUACUUUGACAACGUCGGCGGCGAGAUCCUCGAUUUCAUGCUCAGUAAAGUCAAGCCAUUCGGCGUGGUUAUUGCCUGCGGAGCCAUUGCCGGCUAUAACGACCACUCCAAGGGUUUCAUCCGAAACUGGGGCCAAAUCAUCACCAACCGUCUGCGAGUCGAGGGAUUCAUUGUCACCGAUUUCAAAGACAAGCACGCCGAGACCUUUGUCAAGCUGUUCACAGCCCUCCAACAAGGCAAAAUCUCGCUCUCCGACAGCAUCAACCUCGUCGACCUCUCAUCCGAGUCCAACUCGCUCGCCAAGAUCCCCGAGGUCUGGGGCCAGCUCUUCUCGGGUAACAAAGUCGGCAAACUCCUGACCCGUGUCUCUAAGAUCUAA